AAGCUAACGUCUUGUUGUAGUCAACAGGCGUCUACAAGAUUUCUAUCAACGAGAAUCCUUUCAAAAUGUCUACCAACAUAGAUAGAUCUCUAGAUGAUAUUAUCAAAGACCAGAAAAAGCUAAAGAAGAAAGCUUUGAAAAAGAAGACACAGCAGACUCAGAAAAAAGGAACACAGCAACAGCUCAAGACUAAACAGGGUAACAAGGGAACCUCCAUUAAACAAAGUCAGAGAAGAAGAAUAGCUGGAAAAAAUGCUGGUCAGUCUGCACAACAGAGACAGGGAGCCCAGGGUCGAAACAGGCCAGCAACCAGGAAGCAAAAGGGUCAGGUGACUCAGCAAAGACAAGGCAGUGGUAAUCAGAGCUACAAGAAAAACCAAAAUUUACAAAACAAAGGAAGAACUCGGGGAGCUAAAGUGGCUGCAAAUAGACUUAAAAACAAGCAGAGUAUGGCACAGAAGAGUAAAAAGAUUAUUUCAAAAGCCAAGCAGAUUCAACAGAAUAGAAGGCUCAGUAACAGACAAACUCAGCAAAAAGAUGCCAGGCAAAAUAUCAUCAACAACAGAAGAGGAAUGCAGAUAAACCGACAAAACAAGGCACAGAAUGUGAAAAGUCUUGGAGCCACUAGACAGCAACAGCGAAACAGGCGUGGUAUGCAAGGUCCUCAACUAACUGUGUCCAUUAAUAAUCCAAGAGCAACGUUGACAAGAACCCCACAGUGGAAACAGCCUGUGAAUCAACAAACUAAUCCAAGGAACAGGAGAAGAUGGAGAGGAAAGGUUGGAGCAAACAAUCCAAGAGGCGUGGGUCCAACUGAGGAUCUGAGAAUUUCAGUGCCAAAUAAUUUAAAUCAGCCUCCCCCACUCAAGCCACUUGUGUACACAAACUAUUACAAUCCACCAACAAAUACUGCCAUGACUGGGAAGACAUUCUCCACUCUGGAUGAAAGAUUCUCCAGCAUGUCUCAACACAAACCUGUUAGGACUAUCUUUGUGGAGUAGAAAACACUUUUAAUUUAUUUUUAUUAUUGCCACUGUUUCUUUGUUGUUUUUACUGUUUUUAUUAGUUUAACACUGUUGUUUAUACAAUAUACUUGUAACUGGCUUAUGAUUUACCUGGACAUGAAAGUCACACAAAUGUGUAAAAUUGUUUUUUUUUAUUAUUCAAGACAAGUGAUAUAAGGAGUUUGUUCAUGAGUA